UUAUUCGGAUAUUUCUUUCUUAAUUUUCAAAUCUAUAGAAAUAAUUAAUAUUACAACGAUUAAUUGUAUAAUGUGGUAUUUGAAAAUUAUUAGGUAAAGAUUUGAUGAAAUUUCCAACGUUUGCUAAAGUAAUAGAGAAAUGCGACGCUAUGUUAAAACCACGUAAACUCCAUAUUUAUGAGAUUUUAACUAGUGCAGACAAUAUCUUACACUCCUUCGUUGGUAUUGCUGCAACUUAGGUCGGUUUGAUGGAGCUUUUAACUUCAGUAGGAAUACUACCGGACUAUAUAAUUGGAUAUUCCGUUACAACUUAAUUGUGCAUACAUAGAGAGAAGUUUCACAGCAGAGAAAAGAAUAUUGGCAGCGUAUUCGCAAGGACUAUCCGUGAUAGAAAUAGAAAUAACUCAUUAUUCUUUGACCGUAGUUGUGCUUGAUUAUAAAGAUUUAAUAAAUUUAUGUCCUAAUGAUAUCGACGUCGUGUGUCACUACAGAUCCGAUAAUUUACAAUUAUCGUAUCAGCUGAAUCAUUGAAAGCAUUUGUUGAAAAGUUGAGGAACUCCAAUGAUAUCUCCUCAUAUUCGGUGGAAACAUUCCAAAGAGAGGUUCAUAACAUAUUUUAAAAAGCAGGAGAAAAUUGUUUCUGGAGAAUGGAUAGUAGCAAUAGAGUACAUUAAUGAAAAAUUCAAGUUCAUAAAGGGAGACGUGAUUGAUGGUGGAAUUUUGUUCCAUGGAUCAGGAUAUUUAUGCUUAGCGUGGGAAACGUUGGGAAGGACAAUAAGAAAGUUUCAUACAGAAAUAUCCGUUAUUAUAAAUAUAAAAUUGAAUCGAGCAAUUUUUUUUCCCAAAAAGGGCCAAGUGGAAAUGGUAGAAUUGGAUUCAGAAAGACAAUAAUAAAUUCGAGGUGGUAGAAGAAAGUGCUGUUGUUGUUAUUGGAAUGAUUCGUCUUAUCGAAACUAAUUUAUCGAAGGAGAAAGUACCCGUUGAUUUAAUCAAGAAAAAUUUUAACAAUGAAGAAGAAGAAUUAAAGAAAAGAGAUAUUUAUAAAGAAUUGAAGUUACGUUAAUUAGUUGUCAAUAUAGCAGUUUCCUUCAAAGUAUACGCAAUGCGUCUAUUUCGGGCAGGAAAGGACACAUCAAAUGGAAAAAUUUGGUAGUGUUUAUGGAUAUGUUACAGAUGUAAAUCAUUAAUGUAGAUACUAGAAAUUUAUUGGUGCUGUCUGGAAUUUAAAAAUUAGUAAUAAAUAUCAAAGUUCAUCAACAGUAUGUUCAUAGUUUAACCAUUAAUGAAUAAUGUAAAUAUAACAUUUCCUGACAAAUAAAUGUAAAAUAAUAUACAGAGUU